AUGCGGCCAGCUAGUGCCGGAAACCAUAGCCACAAACCCUCCGAUGACCUCGAACUCUUAGCCGGUCUCUGGGAGGAAGCGCGGUUCUCCAGGCUCCCGUGGGACGCUCCGAGCGAGUUAAAGGACCUCGUGGAGGAUAUUGAAAAUCCGAAACGCGUCUACGCCAUUCAUAAGGCAAGCCGCCGGCACAAUUUCCAACAGUUGGUACAAAAAUUCAUCGUUCAGCUCCGUGAGGGCUGCGGCGCCGACUACUGCACAACAUCAACAUGUCUGACCUGUCGAACGAGGGUCGCCGGCCGAGCCCCAACCCGCAGGUAUAACACAACGAGCGCCCGGAUCCUAGCUACGUACCUCGCCAGCCAAGACAACCCGGAAAGUGCCCUCUGUCCGAAUCUACACUCCCCGAAGAAGCCACCUGCGGCCCUUAAUUCCCUAGUGUUCGUUCCAAACUCCAAGACCCGCCACCGCGACGAUCGUACCUUCUCCCUCACCAAUCCAAAGGGACACGCAAACGGGUCUCGGCCAAAUUCGCCAAAGGGUGAUCAUGGGAGCGGCGCACCACAUUCAUCCCCGCGCGCCGUCAGCGACGUUUCGAAUUCGAACAGGAAAGACAGAGGGGAGCGUGUCGAUGUACAUCCCGGACCCAAUGCAAAGAAGCAAUCCCCGCGCCCUGGUUUCACGAUUGUUGAAAAGCCCACGAGCAAAGACCACCGCUCGUUUGCCGCCAAUGUCUUCGGCACUGUGGCCUUCAAGAUGCUGGAGUGGCUGACCCCCGCCGCAAUGGAUGAUAUGCACACCCGAGCCCAAGCCUUCAGUGGAGAAUCAGACGUCAAGGUUACCUCAGGAAGCCCAACACCACGGCUGGAACGAGAGACAGCGCCCGAUGCAACGUCGACAUCACCACAGUCAUCCACGGCAUCACCUGACCCAAAGGGGGACGUUGGUAGUGGGAGAGGGUUGCCCGGGCAGGGGGUGUCAGAAAAGGAAACCCGGGGCUCGAAGGAGGCCCCGUUACCAAAUGAACCUCACUCGGGCUCCCGUAGCACGCGCCGAAACUCGAAUGCGAAAGUUCGCACCUCCGGUCCCAAGCCGAAACGCCAACUGUCUAUCGACCCGUUUGCGCAAGAUCCUUCCGUUGAAGAGCCUUACGCGAGCCUUCUCCGGUCACCCCGGGCCGUCAGCUCCGCCGACAAAGGCACUCGGCCCCCCAAGGCCGCUGGUUCUAAUAUUGCGCGGCCAAUAUCACAACUUUCGUCCGCCGGGUACUUUGAUGACGUCUCGCUGGAGAAGAUGCCGCCUCCAAAGGUCGUCGAUGUAAAUACAAAAGCGGGCCGGACCGCGUUGGAUUUAGCAAGGAGCACCGGAUCACGGAGCCCAAAAGCUUCGAGCACGGCCUCCGGCGCAUCUGAGAACUUAGGGAGCGACGGCUCCGUCCUCCCUCCUGGCCAAGACUCAGAAUCAGACGAUGAAAUCCUCUUUCCUCAAGCGCUAUCCAGAUUAAACGUUGAUGUCGUGGAAUUUUUCUGCGAUAUCAUUCAAGAGGAUCGCACUGGCGAAGAGCAUAUGCUUGAGCCGCCCCAACUGACUAGGUUUCAUGGCGGGCCGAAGUUGGGGAGGCGGAAGUAUCGCUCAGGCCGGGCCUAUUCGCCAAAUAUGAAGCUCGAAUGGAAGCUAUUUUUCGAGCAGACUCUCUUCUACGUCCUCAGCCACCCGCAGCUUGCGGUCCAGUCGUUCACGAAGAACGGCCAGCUAUACGACUCACAGACGAUGUGGUAUUGCAUGCUCAGGCUGACCAGAGUCGCGCCAAGCCUGGUCUUCCAUAGCUUAUGGGUAGCAGCUUCUAGUCUCUUUGCUGCCCCCAAAGUGCUUCAAAGCCUGAGGUCGCCCACUGCGAGGGUUUUUGCCAAGACCGAGCACUCGCUCUCGAACCUCGAAGCUGGGCGCCUCAUUUCGGUUUGCUUGCAUGCCCUGAUGGCCGCUGCUCCCUCAGUCACCAACUCCCGGCAGCUGUUCGACAUGUCAAGAAUACGGUCACAUGGCUUGAGUCUAGCGGGUAGCGGCGCGGUGGCCAGGCAACCCACUGAGCUUUGCCUGCAAUACGAAGACGCCUUCACGGAUGGCAUGGCCCUACGGUUAGCGAGACGAUUAUUCUCCGCCAUCAACACGCGCCGGCACUUCGACGCCCUGAGCGAGACUAACAUGGGGCCGGAUGACCCUGCGCCUCAGGAUGUGCUAGCCCCGUUGUUCUCCCAGUUAGACUUCCUGAACAUGGAUGCGGUCUAUGUUCUUGAUUUCUCUUUUGCAGAACGCACCGUACAUGAAACCAGGGUUCCCACGUUAUUACUCGAUUGGGCCCGGGCCGUCAUGUUGCAUGAUUGGGAUGGCUCGCCGGAAGUUCCAGGUGACGGGCCUUUUGGCGGUGCCUUGGCUCUGAUCGAAGCGAUGUAUAACAAGCGACAAGAGCUCCUUCUGGCCGAUGCCCAAUUCCGGUCAGAUUAUUUCACAGAACGGCUAGAUACCAUCAAAAUGCCCGUAGCAUGGCUGUCUCACAAUCCCACCCGGCAUCGCCUGCACCUCUUGGACUUCCCGUACAUCUUCAGCCCAUCUACCUUAGUGUCCUAUUUCCGGUCUAUCAACUUUUCGCGCAUGAGCCGUGCGUACGAAGAGUCGUCGUCGUUACAUGAUAAGAUUGCCGUGAUUUCACAACGAGCAGGCCUUAGUCAGCAACAUAAGGAUGUUCUUUUUGAGCGGCUCAGGCCCGCAGGAUCCAAGUACCUGAUUCUUGGUAUCCGAAGAGAGGCGGUUCUGGAAGACGCUUUGGACCAACUUUGGCGAAGGGAGGAGCGCGAAUUGCUUAGGCCCCUGAAAGUACACCUGGGCGAGGAAACAGGUGAAGAGGGGUUUGAUUCCGGGGGCGUCCAGCAAGAGUUCUUCAGGCUAGCCAUUUCGGAGGCCCUCGACCCUAUCCGCGGCGCCUUUACGAUCGACGAGCGGACCCGCAUGGCUUGGUUCGUGCCCGGCUCUAUGGAGGACGAGUGGAAGUUUGAGCUCAUCGGUCUCCUCGUAUCGCUUGCUGUGUACAACGGCCUAACGCUCCCUGUCACUUUCCCCAAGGCUCUCUACCGCAAGCUUCUGGGUGAGCCCGUCACCGAACUCCAUCACAUCGCGGACGGGUGGCCAGAGUUAGCAAAUGGUCUUACUUCGUUCCUCGAGUGGGAUGAAAGGGACGGUGCUGUGGAGGAUGUAUUCGCCCGCACCUACGAAUUCUCCGUCUCAGCCUUCGGCCAGCACGUCACACGCGAGAUGAAGCCCGCCUCGUCUACUCAAUCCACCUCACGUAACGGGAAAGAGGAAGCCUGGCCACAAUUCGCCCACACCCUUUCCCAAGCGGCCUCUCAGCCCGCCCCACAGCUCGGCAACCCGGGUGAAGACGACGCCCCGCUGGUCACCGCAGCUAACCGUAACGCCUACGUCUCCGACUACAUCCGCUACCUCACCGACGUUUCAGUCCGUCCGCAAUACGAGGCCUUCGCCCGCGGCUUCUACACCUGUCUCCAUCCCAAAUCCCUCACCCUCCUCACUCCGAAUCUGCUCCAGUCCCUGGUCGAGGGCGUACAGGAGAUUGACAUUUCCGAGCUGAAGCGCUAUGCGCGAUACGUCGGGUGGGACGCGUCGCACCGCGCGGUGAAGGAUUUCUGGAGCGUGGUGAAGCGCUAUGAUGAGGGCAUGAAGCGCAAGUUGCUCGAGUUUGUCACGGCGAGUGAUCGCGUGCCCGUGGGCGGUGUCAAGAAUCUGAUGUUUAUCAUUCAGAGGAACGGUGAAGAGGAAGAUCGAACGGGACGGCUGCCAACGUCGUAUACGUGCUACGGGACACUCCUGUUGCCGGAGUAUCCCGAUAAGGAGGUGCUGAAAGAGAGGUUGGGCAUGGCGUUGGAGAAUGCGCAGGGGUUUGGGUUUGCCUAA